GAACACGUGAGCAUGAUUGGCACUUGUGUCUCUUUCCAUAGGCCGGACACCAACGCACUUUGGGGCGUCAACAUCAGAUAGAAGUUCAACAAAGCUGUGCUUUCACAGAUUGUCCUUUCAGGUAUAAUGGACUCCAAUUUGGAAGAUUUGGAAGACCAACAUCGUGAAGCGACCCUGGAGAUUGAGUCUGCUCGUGCGGAUAACAAGACAGAUGGUGCUAAAAAGGAGGAGUCCAACAAGAAGAGUCACUCCGGCAACAAUCCGGGCAGAGUCAAGCGAGUCGUGUCUUACAAGAGGAAGACGCGUCAUUUGGUGAUGGCUCGGAAAAAGCCCCAAGGUUCAGGCAGGACGCAUGAUGCGGCAAACAAAGACAACAAGAGGCAGGAGAUGUUUGACACGGACCCUCAGGUGUUGAUGCCAGACGGCAACCACAUGACGGGAAGGACUGCUUUUCAACACGAUGAGUAUUCGAAACUUGCUGAGCUCACAAGGGACCACAGCACAAUCACCGAAGUGCUCCUUGGAAGAAACCUGAGACUUAAAGUGGCCUUAUCACUAUGGAAAAGACAUUUUGGAGAGUUGAUAACAUACUUCCAGAGAAUCCAAGACACCGGUGUCUUUGUUGACAUGCUCCCUCUCAUCAGCAGAUGCUUGGAUCACGACUCCUCCGACAUCACCAUCGGCUGUUGCGUGGACCUGUUCCCAUUGGUGCACAAGGUCCUCAUCAGUCCUUACGAAGGAUAUGUCAUCGUUGGUUUAACGUGGAUCCAUUCGGUUUUGAAACGCUGGCGGGAACCUCUGAAAGCAAGUGGGUGCACUGGAUCCACUGAGGCUUAUUUGGAUAGAAACUUCCCCGUCUUUAAUCAGCAGUUGCUGGAGUUAUGGCAUCGGGAGCCAAAGCUGAAGUCUUUUCCCGGAGCUGCGGGAGACGUGGCAAAGGUCAAAGGUCAUUGAUGUCUUCCUGUCUCAACUUACUUUCCAUGAAUGAAGAGCCAGAAAACAAACUUUCCUCAAGUACAAAUCCAUCCCUUGAGGUUCUGAAAAUGCGCAGCGGUCU